CUCGCCGCUCGCAUCGCACACUUGAAGCUGCGCCUCGCACCUCUCGUGCCUCUGCCCACCGGCUCUCCCCACCCAGACUUCCCUCGCACAUUGCUAGACUACCACUUGCUCAGCGAAGAACAACUCGACGCCAUCGCCUCCUACUACCACCAAUCCACCCCCAGCGUCUACACACACCAAUACCCGGCCUGCAUGAACUGGGACAAGGAAAUGCUGGCCAAGCGACGAGCAAGCGUAGCCCAACACCUCCAAAGCGCUUCUCAGAGACGUAAGUUUGGAAAGUUCAUUGGGUUCAUGAACUGCGAGACGCCGGUU